CGGGACAUCAAUACAGCGAUCUACUCAACCAUGACGAGUUCGCGGGCUCUGCGGGUCUAUUAUAACUAUGCCACCUCGAAAACGCCAGACAGGAAGGACAACUACGCGAAAAACGCGCCAAUCCGUCCGACAAGACCGCGACGCUUUAGACGAUGGCAUUCCCGCGGUGUACGGUGAGAUGCUCGCCGAAGCUGCACGCGAGGAGCAGACCAGAUCUUCAAAUCCGAGACCCACGAAGAGGAGAAAGAUCAGUGAAGAACCCUCGUCAGGAAUCGGUCUUGAUUUUGAUCUCUUCAGUCCCGGGAACAAUGUAACGGAUGCCGAUGUAACAGGCAACAAUACUCCCGGAAAACCACAGCAAAUUGUCUAUGACGACUUCGAGGGCUCCGACGAAUCAGAUGUCGAAUUUGAGGACGUUGAUCUGGAGGCACCACCGGAAGAACGAGACGUACCUGACACAUUGCACCAAAGCCACCUCGAGCUCGAUUUGUCAAAAACAAAUCUUGACACACCACGUCGUGCCUUGCCACGCCGAAAACCCGUCAGCCCUGCGGAGCGAAAGCUACGUCUAGAUGUUCAUAAAGCGCAUCUACUUUGUUUGCUAGGUCACUUGAGCUGUCGAAACAGAUGGUGUGAAAGUUCAUCCGUCCAGUCCGUUUUGAAGCCUCUCAUCCCUAAAAAGGUGACCGCGCUGCUUCACGUGGACGAUUCCAAACCCCAAUAUCAGCGGAACCAUUCAUUCACGAAAGGAAUAGAGGAAGUGUGUGCGAUAUGGAAACUGGAAUGGGAAGUAACAGUCAGGGGCAUGCGUCGAGCAUAUUGGAAGGACGACGUUGACGUUCUUAAGGAGAGCGACGAUGCUGAAGAUCUGAUAGAUUUUGACGAUUUCAGGGCAGCAGCACACUCACGUUCUGGCUCGCGAGACUUGGGAGCACAGCUAUUUUGCGCAUUACUUCGAUCAGUCGCUGUGGACGCUCGGUUGGUAUGUUCACUUCAGGUUCUGCCUUUCUCCGGCGUCGCCAAGGGUCAGAGCCCCACGAAGCCCAAACCACAAUAUUACCAUGCUCCAGCGCAAGAUUAUACUUCAUCGGGACGUAACGUCACAGUCACACAAUCCGAAGGAAGCACUCUGCCAAAGAAGAAGAAAAAGAUUGUUGACUCUCCAUAUCCCAUCUUCUGGGUCGAAGCAUACUCUCCAUCGAUAGCGACAUGGAUUCCACUUGAUCCCAUCGUGCGUGGCACCAUUAACAAGCCAAAGAGAGGCUUCGAACCGCCUGCGUCCGACCACUUAAACAGUAUGACUUACGUGAUUGCCUUUGAGGACGAUGGCUCCGCCAAAGAUGUGACGAGACGAUAUACGGAAUGGUACAAUGCCAAGACACGCAGACAGAGAGUGGAAAGCACAAAAGGGGGAGAAGAGUGGUGGGUCAGGACAAUGCAGACGUUCCGAAAACCGUUUGAAGAAGGCCGAGAUGUGAUUGAGGAUGCAUUUCUCAACAAGCGCACGCAGAGCGAGCCAAUGCCACGCAAUGUGCAAGAUUUCAAAGGUCACCCAGUAUAUGUCCUUGAGCGACAUCUACGCAUGAACGAGGUCAUACACCCUAAGCACGAAGUGGGAAAAGUAAGUACUGGACCUAGUAAGAAUGCAAAGCUGGAAAGCGUCUAUCGCAGACGUAAUGUACAUCUAUGUCGUACUGCUGAUGCUUGGUAUCGACGAGGAAGAGAUGUGAAUGAAGGUGAACAACCUCUGAAACGUGUCUUGUCCAAGAAGAGGCGCGAUCACCCACUGGUGGCGCCUGGCGAAGAAAUCGACGAUGGGGACGAUGCCGAUGAACAACUAGAAGGCACCCCACUAUAUGCUGACUACCAAACCAGCGUCUAUCAGCCACCUCCCGUGGUCGACGGCAAGAUUCCAAAGAACGGAUAUGGAAAUUUGGAUGUGUAUGUUCCAACCAUGAUUCCUGCUGGUGGAGUUCAUAUACGUCACCAUCUCGCUGCUCAAGCAGCGCGGGUUCUUGGUAUUGAUUACACUGAUGCUGUGACUGGUUUUGAAUUCAAAGGUCGACAAGGCACAGCCGUGAUCGAUGGCGUGGUCGUCAGUCUAGAUAUGACAAGCGCCAUGACCAACGUGAUUGAAGGACUAGAAUCUCAAGCCAGCAGUGAAGCGGAAGCCGAGCGAAGCAGGAUAAUCCUUGGCCUAUGGAAGAGGUGGCUUCGAGCUUUGCGUGUACGAGAACGGGUCAAUCGUGAAUAUGGGAACAGCGAGGAAGAAUCUGGAAGAAAGGGCCACGAUGACGAUGACGAUGAUGAUGAUGAUGAUGAUGAUGAUGAUGAUGACGACGACGGAGAUGAGACAUACAAAGAAGAUACAGAGGACCAUGGCGGCGGCUUCGUUCCUGAGGCUGCAGAUCAGGGCCAGCCAGGUGCCAAAUUACCCAUGGCGGACCACGAUGCAGUUUUGGCAAAGUUGAAGCCCAUGGAUCAGCUCCUUCCGCCUAAAGUUGUACAUCUGGAUGUUGUCAUUAUCAGAUCUCCUCAUAAAGUGGAGGCUGCUCCGAGUAAUGAACAUGAUAGUCGGCCGAGAUCUAAAGCUGCGCCUCUUUUCGGAGGUGACGGUAAGGAGGACGAUGGAAACGAGAUUCAGAGCGGCGGCUUCACAGUCGAAGAGCAAGGCCGUGCCGACGAGACAGAAUCCCUUUUCGCAGACGACGAUGAUGAUUCUGGUGGAGGCUUUAUCCCGGAAGACGAAGGUGAACCAAAUGAAGGCAUGACUACAAAUUCAGAAGUGAUGGCAGGUCAGCCUCAGCUGAACGACCAUAUUCAUACUCCUGAUGCAGACGCCGACGAAUUUGGAGGUGGUUUCGUCCCUGAAGACGAAGCUGAUCCAGGUCCUUCGUUCCCUCAUCACGGCAUCUCUAUUGUCCGACGACAGCAACGCCGUCUUCACACAGCACCCCAACCUGAUAAUACUGGAUCACAACAGGAGUUACGUACACUUGAAAAAGUCACAGGACCGCCAAAUGCAGCAGAUUCCGGUAUGAAUAAUGCCAUCCCAACACCCGUAGAGGAAGAGCCAGAGCCAGAGCCUAACGCUGCGCCAACCCCCGAGACACAAGAACCCGAAGCGAGCACGAAGCGAAUUGAGACUGGUUCCCACAGCCCAGUUUCACAAACGUCGCUCCUCUCGCAUGAUCCAGAGGAGGAAGAUGCUGAACCGGAUUGGAUAGUUGAUAGUUUGGGAUGACCUUGUAAAGGCCACGCUCGUACGAACAAGCACCUAGAUGUUUU